AUGGACGCGGAAUAUGAUAUCUGGGUGCCCUUCGAGCAAUUCUCCUGUCAACGGUGUCUCCAGCACCUUGACAGGAACUUCCUAAUGCUCUCAUUAGAAGGGGUAAAAGUUCACUUGAGGAAGGAGCACCCACACGUUAAAGUGAACUACGCUUGCAGACUAUGCAGGCAAAAGCGUGGCCCAAAACUACAUGCUAUACAGGUGCACACCGGUAAGUGUCGAGGGGAACAAGCCUUGGUGCAGCUUGACUUUCCUUGCGAAGAAUGUGGGGCGAGCUCCAGGUCUCAGCGGGGACUCUCGAUACAUGAGGUCACGCAACACCCCGAGAGACGGGAUGUGGCCAGGGCAGAGGCUGCUCAGCAGCCGGCGAGACCACGCGCUCCACGGGCAGGCACUGUUUUCACUGAAAACGAAGUGCAGGUCAUGCUGGAGUGCGAGGUAACGUACUACGGUCACAAAACCGUCGCCAAAAUGAUGGAGCCUCACCUGUCAGGGAAAUCGAAUGAGCAGAUUCGAAAUAAGAGGAGGCUCACCUCUUGUAAGACCGCAAGAGAUGAGUUCUUGGCAGCCCAUCUUGGUGCGGUCGGUGGGGCCCCUGAACCUGCUGAGCAGGAGCAAGUUGGCGAAAUCGAUGGUCGCCAGGACGAGCUUCCUCAAGCGGCUGAGGUGGAAGAGCGUGCUGCAUCUCCACCCGUAAUAGUCGUAGAGGAAGCGCAGCUAGAAAAUGUUGCUGAGGAGCCGGAGCAUGGGGCAACUCCGGAACCACAGCCGGAAAUCGAGUUGGAGACGAUCUCCAUCUCUGACGACGAGCCGGCCGUGGAGGAAAUCGCGUCUCCUCCAGAAACUCCUGAUGUCGAAGUCCAGCCAGCUCCGACACAGGUAGCUUCCCUAGUCGAUGACUCAAUAGUGAUCGAAGAUGUCGUGGUCCCGCCAGCAGCAGGCGAGGAGCCGCAGAUCGAUGAGGUUGUAAGUGCCUGGCGGCAAAGGAUAGUCACCUCUGUCCUGAGCCGGGAGAUGCCAAGGCAUGUUCGCUCCUUCCCUGUCGACACGGCGAUGGGUUGGAAGGUCGUCUCAAGCGCCUCGCCCGAGCUACACGUAUCAGCCUGUCACGGACCAGGACCUGAAGAGCUACGUCAAACAAAAAAGACGAGCCGAGCUUGCAAGAUGGUCCGACCAGAGUUCUCAAGGCAAGUCGGUCGCGGCCUUCACCGACAACACUACUGCAGAAUGAUCACCGCCCUGAGAAUGAGGACUAAUUCAUGCGCUAACAGGGUGGCGAUGAAUAGGGUCGGACCAGUACCGGAUCUAGAUUGUAGGCAAUGUGGCACUCAGCUGGAGACUUUGGGCCACAUCCUCGGCAUGUGUAGAUACACGAAGCCGUCUAGAAUCCGAAGGCAUGAUGAGAUUUGCGACCUCAUCGUGCAAGAAGUGCAAAAGCAAGGUCGAGAGGUAGCAGUAACGGUGGAACCACCGACAAUGGUGGUCCCCCGUGGCAGGAAUCUCAAACCGGACCUGGUAAUUCAACGCCAGGGAAGGGUCCUCGUGGUCGACGUCACAGUCCGCCACGAGGAUGGGAAUAAUCUCGCAAUGGGACACAACGACAAAAUGCGAAAAUAUGGCCAACUGCUAGGAACGAGAGGCGCGAUGCCUAGAAAGACAAUCCAAGGAUUGCAAAAGCUGGGCAUCACAACCAAAGGGGUAUAUAAGACCAUCAGUCUUAUUGCCCUACGUAGUUCCAUCGAAAUCUAUCAUGAUUAUAUGGACUACAACGGCCUCUCCGUCGGGACGCUCGGCAGCCCCCCUGAUGAUUGA